GGGGCCACUUACAACAGCCUAUUCAAAUGUGGACCCAGCUUUAAAUAAUGAAACAAUAAACCUGAAUGGCUAAAACCGUGUAAUUCUGUAGCAUAUAGCCUAGCCAAACGAAAUGGCGCAGAACCUGAAAAUUAAUUAUCGUUGAGAUAAGGAAGAGAGACUAGUUAUACUAGAUGAGAGGAUGAAGAACAGGGAGUGAUCAGUAAAACUGGUGACGCGGCUGCGAAGAAGGGCAGCCUAUAGCCUAGCGUUAAAACGGGAAUAUUAUUAGAUUUAUUUGCUUAAACUGAGAGUAAAAUGAAAUAGGGGACACAAUCUCACCAUCUUCUCUCACUCACUCAAACACACACACGCGCGCACACACAUUGUGGAUGGUGGUGGACUCUCCUGACUGCGAUACCAAAGCAAAAUGGGAUAAGCAUGCGUGUCUGGCUCCGGGCGUUGAUGCAACUGCCUGCUCUUUACUGGACUGAGGGUAGGCCUACUGUACAGGUCCUGUUCCGACUGGAUCUACACCUCGAUUCGACAACGCAUCGAUGUUAUCAAGCCAUUUACAUGUAAGAAGACAACGAUUGACGGGGCCUCAAUCUAGCGACCGCGACUUUUAAUAAUUGCGCAAUUAAAACAUUUCCCAUCGAUGGAAGAUAUUUUGUAUCGAUGGCUAAUAAAUUACAGAAUUGAUAAGACGAGAAUAAGUUGUUGGACCAUAGGGGGGCAGUAGCCAGGGACAACCCCGUAAGACGACCGGCUCAUUCUCCUUUUUCUAUUUGAUGCGAUUUUGUUAUUGAAUAUAAUCGGUAUGUAGCCUACCCAGAAGGAACACCAUUGCAUUAGUAAUCAAGCUAGGUCACUCUCCACCAGCAUUCCUUUUUUCUGCGGUUCCCAGCGCAGCUACAGCCGCACCGAACAAGAAGUCGUCCACGACUCGGUCUGAGACCUCAAAUCGACGCAUCACCGAAUGGGGAGUAGACUGUCAAGACCGUGAGUGCGUGUGUCAAAAGGAGGACGGAGGGAGACCGGGCCAGUUCAUUCACUGUACACGGGUUAAUUGCAUUCCAAUCUGGCGAGUUUGGAGGGACGGAGAGUCAGGUGCAGUAAGGGCGCCUCAAUGACCGUCUUCUUCAGGGACAGAGCGCCUAAAGCCCAGCGUUUGCAGUGCCGCGGGUAGAGGACUGAAGAACGGCGGCGAGUUUGAAGUUUUGAUGCAUAUGAUCACAACCACCAUGAUUUUUAUGAUUCUUGGCGCUUCAGUUGUAAUGGCGAUAGCCUGUUUAAUGGACAUGAACGCACUACUGGAUCGCUUUCACAACUACAUCUUACCGCAUCUACGAGGGGAAGACCGCGUCUGUCAUUGCAACUGUGGAAGGCAUCAUGUCCACUAUGUGAUUCCAUACGAUGGGGACCAUUCUCUGGUGGACUCGUCAGAGAACUACUUUGUGAGUGACAGCGUGACCAAGCAGGAGAUGGAUUUGAUGCUUGGGCUGCUGCUGGGCUUCUGUAUAAGCUGGCUGCUGUUGUGGCUGGAUGGAGUGCUGCACUGUGCUGUCAGGGCAUGGAGAUCCAGUCGUUAUUAUGACACCCCUUCCUGGUCAUGGCUUCCCUCGUUCUGCAAUCUUCGAGACCUGCGUCGACGUGCCCAGCUUAGACAGCUGGAGGACUCCAGUGGCAACAUGGUUCACAUCAAGCAGAAGCUCUACCACAACGGCCACCCCAGCCCACGCCACCUCUGACUCUGAAACAAGACCACCUCCUCAAACUGCCCCAUGGCCAACUGCUGCCUCAGAGACCCUGAAAAACUGCCCAACCACUGUUCAGAACACCCAUGGCCCAGAGCCUUUCUUACGAUGACCUUGACACAAGUCAGCACCAACAAAUCCAAAAUAGAGCAGAAGAUAGUCACUACUGAAAUCUUGUCCAUUUCCAUAAUUGUGGGAAGAAUAAAAAACAAGCAUUUUUAAGGGUGUUUUCUGUAUAGAGACAUUUUCUGUGUUCAUUGUUGAAACUUGGCAUGCUCUUUUAGAACAGGGUAUGAUGUGGGCAGUGUCCGAAAUGGGGGUUUGUUGUUUUUUUCUAUGGGGAGGGUCUUUCUCUAAAGUGGGAGGGGAGGGGGAGGAUUCUGAGAUUUUGUGAUCGGAAAGUUAGUUUGCUGCUUCUGUAAAUACUUAUAAAUAUGGGUUAGUGGGAACACGGGGUGUGAGUGGGUUUUUCAGUGUGGUGAGUCAAGUGUUACGAGUAGAGCUGAUGGAUUAUGUGGAAGGAUGAUAGCCGUCUGGAGGUGAAGUGAGAUUUCUGCUAAAAACACAGACAUUUGCUUUGUUACCUAGUUAAAUGAAUGUAUUAAUUUAUCUGUAAAUAUUAGAAGGGGAGGGGAGCAUAUGUUUGUGGUCAGGGUUCUCUGCGCUGUGUUAUUAUUUAUGAGAAGGUAGAAAGAAAAUUAAUGCCAGCCCAGAUAAGAUGGAGACAGUUCAGUGCUUCCCUUGUCUACCCAAUACUGUGUCCAAUAUCACUUCCCAAUUUGCCAGUUCCCUCAUAAUUAUCAGGAGCAACCAGCCUAGCAGCAGUGGGAACCCUCACCCUGUCCCCUUCCCUGUCCAGACAUUGCUGUUGUGAGGAUAAAAUGUCUGUUUUAUUAAAAGUGCCAUUGAAGCACAACAGUGACCACCAA